AUGGAUGAUUUUGAAGAUGAACUAAAAGAACAGUACACAGGAAGAAUAGACAUUAAAGGCGCAUUAUCUGGGUCAUUUCCAGGAGAAAAGUCUCUUUUAGAAGAAUUAAGCAUAGAUCUAAAUAUGAUAAAGACUGAAAGCUUACUUCCUCUUAAAGUACUAAAGCAUAACACAACUGAAGUGAAUGUAUCGUCUGAUGUCACAGGACCGAUUAUUAUCCUUGUCGUAUUUACACUUUCCCUUGUAAUACAAGGAAAACUACAUUUUGGAUACAUUUACCUUAUCUCUCUUACCUCAUCUUUCCUUAUGUUUAUUCUUUUGAAUUUGCUUACGUCAAAGGGUGUGGACUAUAGCAUAUGCUGUAAUAUUAUGGGUUAUUCAAUGACUCCCAUUGUUGCCUUUUCACUUGGAAGCAUGGUACUUGUCUGGACAGGGAUGUUCAUCAAAUCUAUCUUGGGAAUAGGAAUGAGUGCGUGGAGUGCAUAUACAGCAUCCAAAGUGGUAUGCACUCAUUUGAGCUUAGUAGAAAAAAUGGUUGUAGUUGGUUAUCCACUUUUUCUUGCUUAUAUGUGUUUUAUGAUGAUGGUUCUAUUUUAG